GCAGGAUGCAAGUAGCGAUGUGUACGGAACAUUUGAAGAACAUCGCGCGAGAGAUGUGAAAAGUGUUUUCCUUUUUGACGCACAACCUACUUGGAGUAACUGGCCUGUUUUUUUUUUGAUCGCGUCCAGUCGCAUCUAGUCGCGUCUCGACUCGAUGGACGCGUUGGGCAGUCAGCUGUAGUGCAGAUGUACGUGACGGAAGAUGUUCCGCUGGUAAACGUUUACGCCACCUUAUUUUGACGCGAGACACCAACUGUCAUCCAUUCGGAUCGACCGAAACGGGUUCCCCGACGAGGAUCUACGCUAAAACAACGUGAUUUAUAAUGGGGACAGGACUCGUAAUGUCUCACGUCGAAGUUGUCGCGAUUCUGUAAUCGACGCUGGGAUUCACGGAUCGAACGGUGCUGUUCGGGGAAAGUGAGAUCGGAGCCGACGUUCCGCCAAAAUGGGAAAUUGUUUGAAGCGUUCCGGAAGCAGUCAACAAGACAAUACCACUUUGUUGGGUAACAACCCUGAUCCUGCGUUGCCCGUCGGCUCAUCGCGGGAAGACCUUGGACUUCCAAUACCCUACAAUGAGUUGGUGAGUUCGUAUUACCCACCUACUGGUAGUCAUCUUCAAUCAGUCACCUUAAAUAUGGGUUAUGGGAUCGGUAUCGGCAUCACUGUAGGACUGAGCAACGAGCUUAGAUCAUUGAGCGACGAAGAGCUGAGAGUAAGAAUCCGUAAACGUUUGGGACUCAUUCAACACUUGCCUCUGCGAGAAUAUGACGGAGCUAAGAAGGAAGAGUGUGUGAUAUGUAUGAUGGAGCUGCAGGUUGGAGAAGAAGUGCGUUAUUUACCCUGUAUGCACACUUAUCACGCCCUUUGUAUCGACGAUUGGUUACAACGUUCUCUCACGUGUCCAUCGUGUAUGGAACCGUUAGACGCGGCAUUGAUUAGCUCGUAUCAUCCGACCACUUAACGCUGCAAAAAUGAAAGUUGGUGUAGCUGAUCGGUAAUCAAUUUAUGCUAUCAUGGUAAACAGAACAACUGGGAAGAACCGUUAAUAUUAUUAUCGCAUAUAAAUGGCUUCCAAACUAGCAAAGGGGCCUUCUCUCGUUAAUGGCCAAUUAUAUUCGCCAUUGUAUUCAACGUAUC